CUUAUUGAGAAUUAAACAGAAAAAACCCUCAUAUAUAUAAAUAUAUAUAUGCAAUUUAAAGCUGUACCAAAAUACAUUACUUUUGGCUUCUUCAACUAUUAAAGGCUCCUUUGUGCUUCUUCAAAUAUUCGCCUCUCUCUGCCAUCCUUCGGUUUUUAACUUCCUUUUCACGCUCUGGUGUGCGGUCUUUGAGAGUCUAACCAAAGCAGGUUCAAAAGGUCUCCGAGAGUUCGGAUUUGAGUUCGGCUGCAAGCGUUUCCUCUGCUUUUAACAUUUAGGUUGUGGAAUAUUGGCGGUGAUGAUUGGAUGAUUUCACUAAUAUGUUGAGUUCGUACAUGGAAUUACAGCUUUGCACUCAUGUUCUUCAAAGGGUGGCAUCUGAUGCCCACAUUUUAGGGCAUGCUUGUUUAACGUAGUGUGGUCAAAAGGAGAGAUUUACUUUUUGCAGGAAUAGCAAUCAAAUCAAGACAACCAGAAUUUGAUUUAAUACAAGUUGGAAAGGGUUGAGGAAGUGAUCUCCCAUUCACGGUGGGAAAAAGUGUCGAAUUACAUGAAUAAUACACCGCAACAUGUUGCUCAAACCUGCCCUAAAGUGGGUUUAUGUGUGUACAUCCAUAUGUUGUCCUGUUAGUUGAGUAAUAAGUAAAUCAAAGAGCCAUGAAUGACAGCGGUGCCCCGGCAACACCUACUGCACGGCUUCGGCACCGCAAACGCUCAAAUGAGGGUCCUCCAGAUGUUGGCAAAGCAAAUGGAGGCCAUUUACUUGUUAAUGAUCAAAACAAAUACAGGUCAAUGUGGAUCCGUGCCUAUUCAACUGUUUGGAUGAUUGGGGGCUUUGCAUUAAUAAUCUACAUGGGUCAUCUCUACAUUUGGGCUAUGGUGGUUGUUAUCCAAAUCUUUAUGGCAAAAGAACUGUUUAAUUUACUGAGGAAAGCACAUGAAGAUAGCCACCUCCCAGGAUUUAGGCUACUGAAUUGGCAUUUUUUCUUCACUGCCAUGCUAUUUGUAUAUGGACGUAUUCUAAGUCAAAGGCUCGUCAACACUGUCACUUCAGACAAACUUCUAUUUCAGUUUGUGAGCAGUUCUGUCAAGUAUCAUAUGGUUACCUGUUAUUUCUUGUAUAUUGCAGGUUUCAUGUGGUUCAUUCUUACACUAAAGAAGAAGAUGUACAAGUAUCAAUUUAGCCAAUACGCAUGGACCCACAUGAUUCUGAUUGUGGUGUUUACACAAUCAUCGUUCACUGUAGCCAACAUUUUUGAAGGAAUCUUCUGGUUUCUUCUUCCAGCAUCCCUUAUUGUUAUCAAUGAUAUUGCUGCUUAUAUCUUCGGUUUCUUCUUCGGAAAAACCCCUUUGAUCAAGUUAUCGCCCAAAAAAACAUGGGAGGGUUUCAUUGGAGCAUCUGUUACAACAAUAAUCUCUGCAUUUGUGAUAGCGAAUAUCCUGGGUCGUUUUCAGUGGCUAACAUGCCCAAGGAAGGAUUUAUCAACUGGUUGGCUUCAUUGUGAUCCUGGUCCAUUGUUUAAACCGGAGUAUUUCAUUUUACCAGGAUGGGUUCCUCAAUGGUUCCCAUGGAGAGAGAUCCCAAUUUUGCCAGUUCAGUGGCAUGCACUGUGUCUUGGUCUUUUUGCAUCAAUAAUAGCCCCCUUUGGAGGUUUUUUUGCAAGUGGUUUUAAAAGAGCUUUCAAGAUCAAGGAUUUUGGAGAUAGUAUUCCCGGCCAUGGUGGAAUGACAGAUAGAAUGGAUUGCCAGAUGGUGAUGGCCGUGUUUGCCUACAUUUAUCAUCAGUCAUUUGUUGUGUCUCAAGGCCUCUCAGUAGAGAUGAUUUUGGACCAGAUAUUAAUGAGCCUCACUUACGAGGAGCAGCGAGCUUUGUACGUGAGGCUUGGUCAGAUUGUCCAAGGGCGGCAGCUUUGAAUAACUUGACUUUCCAGGACUGCAUGACGUGUCAUUUAAACCUCUCCAGCAUGUUUUGUAAACUAUAUUGCCUCGUACGACCCUGUCCAAAUGUUUAGCUGGAGACCAUUUUUACAGUGCACAUUCUGUAUAGUGUUUGUCACCCAUCUAAUAUGAAUAAAUUUCUCACUGUACAGUA